GUAAGCAGGAAGUAAAACUCAAACAAACUUAAAUUUUGAUAUCUGAGUCUAGACAUGAUUGUUGUUCUAAAUUUAAGAUAACCUACUAGUUACAAUCAAUUAUGAAGAUUUUGUCACAAGUUUCAGUAUUUGUAGCAGUGACUGCCUUUUCUUAUCUUCUACGGAAAACCGACUGUCUGGAUUGUUUCACCUGUAAUAAUGUAACUGCAAUACCACAAUGUAAAGCUACUAGAACAUGUUCGUCUGGAGAGGUAUGUUACGCAGAACACACUCAUUCGGCAACUGGUAAUGUAUUUUCGUUAGGAUGCAGACCAGCAAAAAUGUGUUCAAAUUUAAUGACAACACCAACCGCAAUAACGGGGUCACUAGUGGGACGGUCUUCUCCUAUCGACUCAACUUGCACGGAGUGUUGUAUGGACCAAAACUGUAACAGGCAGCUGUGUCAGAGCUCCUAUCCGCACUGUAAAGACAUCCCAAAGGCCAAUUGCGCAGUGGUUGGAGCUAUGCUAAAUAUAUGUUUGGAUACACAGCAUGCAAAAUUUUCCUGUCGCAGAUUUUGUGGAUUAUGUAACUUUUACGACGGCUUUUGGGCAAGUUGGAUGGCAUGGUCAAAGUGUGGCGUUACAUGCGGAAAGGGACUCCAAUCACGUUCAAGGACUUGUACAGAGCCAGCUCCUUCAGGUGGUGGGUUAGAUUGUGUUGGUGAUUUACACAACAAUAAAUCUUGUGAACUAUCGCCGUGCCCUGUUCACGGCGGAUGGUCUGCUUGGACGUCUUGGGGUAGCUGUAGUGUAACCUGUGGAAUUGGAAUGCAAAGAAGAGACAGAUCGUGCUCUAAUCCUUAUCCGAGCAGAUUUGGAGAUCAUUGCUUUGGAGAAUCGAGAGAUGACAGGAUAUGUUUAACUAAAGCUUGCCGAGAUGGUGGAUGGUCAUCGUGGAAUGUUUGGACCAGGUGUAGUGCAACAUGUGGCGACGGAAUAAAAACCCGAACGCGGCUCUGUGACAACCCUUUGCCCUCAUUACUUGGGAGAUACUGUGUAGGGGAACCAUAUGAAGUGAGCUUAUGUAAUGAUAAACAUUGUUCAGGUACAAAUGGGUCCUGGGGUCAGUGGACAGGUUGGUCAACAUGCACUCAGAAGUGUCAACUAGGAAUAACCUCUCGACAUAGGAAUUGCAAUAAUCCAGAACCUUCUAACGGAGGAAAACACUGUAUUGGAAGCUCAUUUCAAAUAAAAAAUUGCAACGAAGGUUGCUGUCAAAUUACGCAGGGGAACUGGGAUAACUGGUCGUCAUGGGAUGAUUGCAAUCGAAAAGGCUUAUUUUCAGAGCAUAGGACACAGAGUAGAUACAGAAUAUGCACAGGAGGCGAGAUUUGUUUCGGGACAUCCUCAGAGACUCAAAACUGUUUGUUUUGAAAAAUUACAUAUUCCAGAUGUCAACACUCAAUUACUUCCGUGACCAAUUAAUAAUGCGUGCAGCCGCACGAUUAAAAAUCUAGAAAAAUUCCUGAUUAAA